AUGUCGGCUGAGGAAAACCAGGCCGGUUGCAAAAUGGUGUGUAAUGAAGCACUGCAUGGGCCAUGCAAAAGUAGUGCCUCGGCGUAUGCCGGUCAUUCUUCUUUUGCAAGGGCUCAACUUCAUGCGCUCUUGGCGUCCAUAUCCGACAGGAUAGAGAUGCACGACAACAUUUGCGAGCAGCGGAACAACUGGAACCACCUCCUCCUCAGCUCCAUCAACAUGAUGACCUUAACCGCCACGACGAUCUCCGGGCUUUCCGUGAUCGUCUCCGCCUUGGGAGGACCAACAACUUCAUCCUCGAGUUCUGCGCUCUUGGCUUUGAAAUUGUGUUCUGCCUUGUUGUUCUCUGCGGCGACAGGGAUGUCGCUCGUGGUGAACAAGAUCCAGCCCUCGCAACUAGCCGAAGAGCAGCGCAACUCCGUGAGAUUGUUCAAGCAACUGUACAGUGAGGUCGAGUCGAGGCUCGAUGUUCUUGGCGAUUCAGUGACAGAGGCUGACGUGCAGGAAAUAAUGGAGAAGAUCUUGGCUCUCGAUAAAGCCUACCCUCUUCCCUUGCUCGGAUCGAUGCUCAACAAAUUUCCCGGGAAAUUCGAGCCAGCCAUUUGGUGGCCUAUUUCAAGUGAUGAGGAUGAUAAUCAAGCAAAAGAGAGGGAUCCUUCCUGCGAGGAAAGAGAAAAGAUAGAUGAUCUUCUGAAAAAUGCAAUACAGAUAAAUAAUGGGUGGAGUGAGGAGCUGGAAAUCGAAAUGAGAGCUGUUCUUCAAGUGCUGAAAAGGAAAGACUCCGAGGACUACAUAAGGCUAGGGAAUCUGGCACUGAACAUCAACAAGGCCUUGGCCAUCUCGGGGCCUUUGCUAACCGGGAUUGCGGCCCUCAGCUCCGUGCUCAUGGGGCCCACAGGCGGGCCGUGGGCGGCGCUGGCGGCUGUUGCCAGCGGCGCAAUGGCUGGGGCGGUCAACAGUUUCGAGCAUGGUUGUCAGGUGGGCAUGGUGGUGGAGAUGUACAGGAACUGCGCAGGGUUCUUCAGGCUUCUGGAGGAAUCAAUUGAAUCCACGUUGGUGGAGAGAGAGGUGCAAAGAAGAGAAAAUGGGGAGAUGUUCAGAUUGAAGGUGGCUCUCAAGUUGGGAAGGAGCUUGUCGCAGCUCAGAGAUUUAGCAAGAAAAUCCACUUCCUCGAGAGAUUAUGGGACCAAUGUGGAUGAAUUUGCGAGCAAGCUUUUCUGA